AUGUCUGGAAACAAGCGGGAUGACUCCAUCGAGCUCGAAGAGCUUUUAGGGGCAGAGAACCACUCUAACGAAUCGGUAUCGCCAGAGAACAAUGAACUAGUCGAAUAUAAAGGUGAAAAUAUCAAUCUCUACCCAUUGAACUACCAAAAAGAACCAAUCGUCAAAUGGCAAAUGGCAGCUUGCCUGACCUUGUUUCUGGUCCUAGGCCUGAAUGACGAGUGCAAUGGAGCGCUGGUUCCAGCCUUGACGACGUAUUACGAGGUAACAAAAGUACAGGUGGCGAACCUGUUUGUUAUACAAUUUAUGGGCUACGGGAUAGCCUCCCUGCUGACCCAGAAAAUCCACACGUUGGUUGGCGCUCGAGGGGCAAUGAUGACUGCUGCUGGGCUGUGCAUGGUGUGCUAUACGAUUUUACUCCUACGGCCACCGUGGUUCAUAAUGUAUGUGAGCUGCUUCCUGCCCCUCGGGCUGGCCAUUGGAAUUUUGGACUCCGUUUGCAAUGUUCUGUUUGGAAACCUGGAAGUCCACAAAAACGAGUGGAUGGGUGUGUUGCAUGGGCUAUAUGGCGCGGCCGCCAUGGUGACGGCUCCAAUAGUCUCUUACUUCGUGAAGUAUAGCCACUGGAACUUCUUCUUUCUAUUGCCUCUGACUUGUGCCUUUUUGGGCCUUCUUCUUGUGCCCUAUGCAUUCAAGUUCGAGACCGCCAAUAAGUACAAUUACCUGUGCGAAAUGGGUCGCGAAGAAGGGGAAGACACCCAUCCUAGCUUUUUAUCUCUGGUACGGAGGCCUGCAAUCUUCAUGUAUGCCCUCUACAUGUUUGUAUACCUUGGAUCUGAGGUAUCCACCGGGGCCUGGAUUUUCACCUACCUUCUGGACGUCAAAAAGGGAAACGUCAUUCCGAUGUCUUAUGUGACUGCUGCAUUCUGGAUGGGGCUAACUGUUGGUAGAAUGGUUUUGGGUUUUGUGACUAAAAGAUGCUUUAAAAAUGAAUACAGGGCAUCCGCAUUUUACGCUGGAAUGUGUUGGAUGUCCUACACGGUUUUUCUGCUUAUAACUUACCUUCCAGGAUCUUCCACUUUAUAUUUCAUCGCCGUAGGGGCUGCAAUAUUUACGGGCGGUGUCUUCAUGGGCCCUCUGUUCCCAAAUGCAAGUGUAGUUGCACUUCAAGUGCUGCCGAAAAACAUGCACGUCAGCGGUGUUGGAAUUGCUGUAGCUUUGGGAGGGUGUGGAUCCGCAAUACUACCUUAUUCUGUGGGCAUUAUCACGCACCUGGCAGGCUUCGUAUGCUUCCCAUUUUUAUGUUGGGUUAUGGUUGGUACGGUUUAUUUUGUGUGGUUUCUGUAUCCGAGAGUCAUCAAGGGCCAAAUGGAACUCUUUUGA